UUUAAAUAAAAGGAAUGCAAUGUUUUACAAGCUGUGUUUGAAACUGUAAAAACACCAUUAAUUGAUUUGGCAUAGGACCAGAGCAACAGAUUGACAGACUGUUCAAACAGGCCCGGUCUGCCCAAGUCCAGGCAAGCAUGCUGGCAAGGUUGCUGUGUUAUAGUCAUCAACGAGACCUCAGCCAUGACUUUCAACAAAGAGUUAACCACCCCCUAUCUGCACUCCUAGCCAUUCCAGCCCAUCAGGAGCCGGCAUCCCUUUCGACCAAUCACGGUGCUGGGAGGUGAUGUCAUGCUUUAUCUAGCAGAGGUGGUGCUGAUGCUGCCAGGUUGAGCAUCCAAACAGCAGCAGACUGUCGGACUGAACGUGAGAGAAGGACUCCGACAGAAUAUCACAGCACUCUGUUGGAUCAGCUCAGUUUGAAACGCCUCAGAGGACUCAGAAAAAGGAAAGAUGACACUUGCAGCAUACAGAGAGAAGAUGAAGGAGCUCCCUCUAGUGUCUUUCUUCUGCUCCUGCAUCCUACCAGAGCCUCAGGAAAAGCCCACCAAGAAAACACAAGAUGUUGUGGACCUCAACCUGGGCAUUAUUAAAGACAUGGAGGUGAUUGAGUUAAACAAGAGGUCAUCGGGCCAGGCCUUUGAGGUCAUCCUCAGACCUCCAUCUUUUGACGGUCAUAGGGAAUUCCAUCCCACUUUCCCACCUCGCAGUGACCCCUCGCUGGAGGAAAUCCAGAAGAAACUGGAUGCAGCUGAGGAGAGGAGAAAAUGUCAGGAAGCCGAACUUCUGAAGCACUUGGCUGAACAGAGAGAACAUGAACGAGAGGUGGCCCAGAAAGCCAUAGAAGAACACAACAACUUCAUCAAGAUGGCCAAAGAAAAGCUGGAGCAAAGAAUGGAGAUUAACAAAGAGAACCGGGAGGCCCACAUCACUGCCAUGCUGGAACGUCUUCAGGAGAAGGACAAGCAUGCUGAGGAGGUGCCUUGAGAUCUUCUCACACUUGCUGAUCAAAUGGGAGACCAUUGACCAUAGGAUUGACUAUCAUGCUGAGCUUUUUUAGCUUGGAUCAUAAGAGAUUAUGACUCUGAAACCAGAUUAUGAUAUCACUAUAUCAUUGUAAGGUAUGAUGGCCAUGUUGUCAGAUGAAAAGACCUGGCUGGCCAGCAAAGAUUGUGAUGGAAUCUUUACUACCUUUAUCGGAGAAACGCAGAGAUUGGUUUGUCUCUGCGAUGAGCUUGUAUGCCAAUAGUGCCAAAAAUGAGUGAAUGUGAGUGGUAACGUUUUUGUGUUUAUGAGUAUCUGAAUGACGUUUGGAUGGUUUCAUGUACUUUAAAGCCCAUGUGGAUGCAGUCAGUUCGCCUUCUGUCCUGUCUUCAAGGCUCUAUUUUUGGUAAACUGCUCAAGCUUUUGCCGCUGUACAUAUGUUCACUUGCCUCUUGAUCAGCUGGUGUCUGAUUUGGCUAUAUUCUGUACAGAAAUUGUGAUAUAUUUUUAAGGCAAUUAAAGGACUUCUGGUAUAGUUUUGUCAUUGUG